ACAACAUGUCCAAAUUGAAAACUCAGAAUCUUGCAAAGCAGUAAAGCCAAAGUUAUAUAUAUAUUAAAAAUUGCCUUAAGUUGUUUCUUGUUUUGUGUACCUAACAAUUUGAUUUGUAGAUUCAUAACAUCAACUAAUAACAGUGCAAAAAUAGUCUACAAACAUGGAUCAAAUGCUGCCGAGUCCGUACAAUAUACCGGGAAUAGGUACCCCGCUGCAUCAGCCUGAAGAAGAUCAACAGAUUCUACCAAAUGCUUUGCAGCAACAGCACCAACAACAACAGGCCCAACAACAACAGCAACAGCAUUCCUUGGCUUCCCUAAGCUCGUCGCCGCUGGCUGGAUUUGGCGCGCAACUAAUGGGUACCCCGCAACGGACUAUUCACACCUAUGCUCCAACCGCCAGCUAUGCAACGCCUCAGCAGAUGAUGCAGCCACAAACUCCACAAAACUUAAUGUCACCAAUGAUUACGGGGAGUACAAUAGCCGGUCAACAGAUUUUGGGUCAGGCCAGUCCUGCACCUAUGACUCCUAUGACACCACAUUCAGCAGAUCCUGGAAUAUUACCACAAUUACAAAACAUAGUAUCUACAGUAAAUCUCAAUUGCAAACUUGAUUUGAAAAAAAUUGCUUUACAUGCCCGGAAUGCUGAAUACAAUCCCAAGAGAUUUGCUGCUGUUAUUAUGAGAAUAAGAGAGCCAAGAACAACAGCUUUAAUAUUUUCGUCCGGUAAAAUGGUUUGCACUGGUGCUAAAAGUGAGGAAGAUUCCCGAUUAGCUGCAAGAAAAUAUGCUAGAAUUAUUCAAAAACUAGGUUUUACGGCAAAAUUUUUAGACUUCAAAAUACAGAACAUGGUUGGCAGUUGUGAUGUCAAAUUUCCAAUUCGCCUUGAAGGCUUAGUGCUUACACACGGACAGUUUAGCUCCUAUGAACCAGAGCUUUUCCCUGGACUUAUAUAUAGAAUGGUGAAACCUAGAAUAGUAUUGUUAAUUUUUGUGUCUGGAAAAGUAGUGUUGACUGGUGCUAAAGUACGUCAAGAAAUAUAUGAAGCAUUCGAUAACAUUUAUCCAAUAUUAAAAAGUUUCAAGAAACAAUAGACUGAUUGAUGUUUAGUAUAAUAUUUCCUCUUAACAAUUAAGAUAUUUUUGUAUGUUCUUGUUAUUAAAUAAUAAAUCUAAGUAAAGAAUG